AUUGAAAAUUUGUUAAUAAUGAAUUUGAUUACAAUUGGCUGAUACUUAACAGGGCGAAAUUUUGGAAAUUAUUUCAAAACGCAUUUUUUUUUUAAUUAAUUCUAAGGGAGUGGGUCAAGUUGCAGCAUUGAAACUUGAAAGUCCCUAAAAUUGAACUGUUUUUCAAGUCACAAUGGAGAACCCGUUUGAUACCACUGAAAGCGAUGAAGGGGCGCAAUUUGAGCCCGAACCUGAUAACCCCGAAAUGGUGUUAAAGCCCACUUGUGAGUGUAAAAACUGCGUCCAUUGGACCAGUAGCGCCGACUGGACAACCCCCGAGUUGCAAUUCGAGGGGCCCCAACGCCUUUGCAACGAACGGAAGCUUCAACCCCUGUUACGGUCGUCGAAACAUCCCGGGAAAGCCCCCAAAAUCUUCACUUUUAACCCCGGCAAAUUAACAAAAAUCGAGAGACAAGGCUACGCGAAAACGCUAGUUCACGGGGAGGUGAUCCCCCAACCGGUCCAAUUGCUCACAGACACGUACUUUAGUGACGAAAUUCAGGCAUCUUUGCGACGUCUCAACUACAAAUACAGUCUACCAAUCCAGUCCUUCGCAUGGCCGGCCAUUUUCCGACAAUUGAACGUCAUUGUGAUAGGGGGGCCCAAGUCGGGGAAAACCAUGUCGUAUCUCCCCGCACUUUGCUCAUUCAGCACAGCAGAAGAGGAGAAAUAUUCACAGUUAGCGAGAUACAAGGGGCCUUUAAUAAUCAUCAUUUGCCCCCACAGCAAACACUGUGAAGACAUUUACGACUUGACGAAAAAACUGUUUGAAAAUAGCAAAACGAAACCGAAAAUUGCUCUAAUGACAUAUCCACUCCACCAUAUUAACAACGUUGAUAUUUUAAUCACAAUUCCCAAGACUCUCAUCAACUGUCUCAAAUCACGAAUGUUUAAUUUGAAACGCAUGUGUCACUUGGUGUUGGAAGACGCGAGUUGUUUACUCAAAGACAACCACGAGGAAAUUUAUAAAAUUCUGGAAGUCGCCGACGAGAUGCUCGAACACAGGGGGGCCAACUCCAAAGUCCAGUUUAUUGCAAGUUCGACAAAAUGGACGUCAGAUUUGCAAAAACUCCUCAAAUCGAUUUAUAUAACUCCUUUGGUGUGCAUUGGGAAUUAUUUGGAAGCAGCUUUGUAUGGAAACAUCCAAUUCGAAGUGAAAUUUUUAAUGUCACAAAAGAAGCAAACUUACGUGGAGGGGCUAUUAAGAGACAAGAGUCACCUUUUUAAAACCAUUAUUGUGUGCAACAAUGACGAAAUAACUGAUUUGAACAAGUGUUUAGUUCGGAAUGGGAUCGAAGUAAUGGCGUUAAGUGAUGAUUCGAAUAGGGAACAAAUCGAGUUUUGUGAACAAGAAUGGGGUAACAUGCGAGGGGGGCAAUAUAAGGUGUUACUUUGCACCGAUUUUAUCCUCGAUUCUUUGUUAUGCAUCACCGAUGCUAUGUGGCUCAUCAACUAUUCAUUUUCCUCGACUUGGACCCGAUUUAUCAAACGUUUCAGUGCCUUAUUAUCACACUACAAGAGCCCUUGGGAAACAAACGAAGGGGACCCCAAACCGAAAAGUUUUUUGAUGAUUGACGAAAACUGUGAACCCCAAAUGGCAAGAGUCCUCAAUUUACUCAAUCGUUUGAGUAAGGAUUUACCACCCAUGUACCAAAAAUACGCCAAUGCGUUCAGGAAACGAACUGAAAGUGAGAAAAUCGAUAAUGGGGUUGAGGUUUGCAACACUUUGAAAUUGUUUGGAAAAUGUGGGGAAUCUUUAUGUGUGAAACGUCACCACGUCUGUGAGCAAUUAGACGUCAUUGAGGAUCUCCCAAAAAGUGGAAAAUUAAUUUUUAAAAUUCUCAAUAUGAAAGAUGUGACUCAAUUCUCGGUCCAAAUCCUCAAACACAUCGAUUUGGAGGGGAAAGUGCGUGAAAUUAACAGCGAUGAUUUGAGGAAACCACUCAAAGUGUCGGGAAAGCGUGCAAAAGAGAUCACAAUUGGGGGUUUCUACGCACAUUGUGAUUACACCCCCGAGGGUGAAGUUUACAUGCUAUGCCACGUGUUGAGUAUCACUAAUGAUGGGUUUGUCGAAGUGAAAUUAUCAAAUGAGUUGGUUUUGCAAACAUUACAGAAAAAACUCUACGAACUACCGACAAGUUUAAAAAUCGUGGACAUCUAUAUGUGCAAUUUAAUCCCACCUUUUGGGGACAAAAUGUUUUCGUCACGUUCUUUCCACAUCACUCGCAAUUCCUUGCAAACAAUUGAGUAUAAAAAUAUGGUUUUAACCGGCGAUAUUUAUCUUCAAUUGGACCGAAGUUUUUGGUUGAAUAAUGUUGCCCAAAUUUUGCAAGUUGACGGUUGUGACAUCAUCAAAUUUAAUCUAACUAAACACUUGUUGAAUCUCAAAGUGGUGGAAUUGUCGAGUCAAAUCACGAGUUUGCACAAGUUGUGUGAAAAAUGUGAUAUAACCCUCCCGUGUUAUGUAAAACAGAGGGCAAAGAAGGCGUCGAAAAAGGAAGUGGAAGCACAACGAGCCUUCCUCAAUGAUAAUGUCCAAGAAGUGAUCCUGAGUUCGGCUGUCACUCCUGUGGAGUUUUACGUGCGUUUGGUUAAAUUCCAACCACUGUUGGAGAAUCUCGAGAGGGAGAUUAACAGAGCCGUUGAGGGAACCCCCGCGAGACAUUUAAACAUCGAAAUCGGGAAAUACUACUUAGCCUUGGACCCUCAAGGUCGAAUGUAUUCGCGUGUCGUGGUUUUGAAUAUCGAAAAUUCGAAAGCGUUAUGUUUUUAUGUGGAUUAUGGUGACGAGGCGAUUGUCGAGUUGGGGGAAUUGAAAAUUUUACCGGGGAAAUUUCUAACUCAGUUGCCGUUUCAAGCGAUUCAGUGUCGUUUGUAUGGAUUGAGUCCGCUGUCUGGUGAAUGGGAGGAUGAGGCAACUGAGGUUUUGUACAAGUACAUGUUUGAACCGGAUUCGGAUUAUUUUCGGUCAUUGUAUGUGCAAGUUUUGUGCAAGGAUGUUGGAGAGACGAUGAGAGCCAAAACGACAUAUUCGGUGUUGAUGAAGGACGGGUUUGGGGAAAACAACGUCUUGAUAAAUCAGUUGUUGUUGGAUUGCGGGUUUGCCACGUCGAUUUUUGACAAAAUUGACGAUUUUGAAAUACCGAAACCGGUGGUGGUUGACGAGGAGGAGGAGGAAGAGGAGGAGUCAGACUCGGAUGUCAAUGUAGGUGAACAAGCUCAGGAGGAAAAUCUCGAGGAAAUGUUCGGGGACGAUUUCGAUUUAGAGGUGAUUGACGCCGAGGAGUUUCUCGAAAUGUUGGGAUUCCCCUGUCGUAGAAGCCCCCAAACCACCGUCUUGGACACCACCAAAUCACAAACAGUGGAAACGGAAACCGUCGUCGAGAAAAGUGAUUGUCUCACACCGGAUGUUUAUUGGUCACAAACCGAGCAGACGAUCAAACUCAAAAUUAAACUAAUCGGUGUUGAGAAUUAUAAAACUAGCGUGAUUCAGAAACGAAUUUUCGUAUUUAGUACAUUUAUCGGUGAGAAAAACUACCAAUUGAAGUUUACGUUGCAUAAAACGGUCGAAUUGGCCAGUCAUCGUGCUUUGGGACAAGAAGUUGUGGUCGUUUUGAAUAAAGUGGAGUCUGUGGAGUGGUUACAGUUGACGGGGACCCAAAGACGGAUGAGGUUUGUCCAUUACGAAGUGCCCGAUUUUAAAGAAGAACCAAAACGGAAGUUUCUCCAACUUGACAUCACCGAUGAUGAGAGCGAUGAAGAUGAUGGGGAAAAGCCAAUGUAUCAUGUGAUUUCUGACAUGGACAGCGAGUUUGACGAAGAAAUGGUUUCGAGUGAUUCUGAUCUAUAAUUUAAUUUUUUUAUGUUUUACUUUGGUUAAUAAAAAAACGAUUAUUUUGGGGUAUCAUUGAAGCCGGUGAUUGAGUGGGCGGGGUGUUUAUCUUAACCUCUCCCGAUAAACAAGACUAAAUCACUGCUUCAGUGUCACAUUUCAAUUUAAAAUCA